GCGCAACUUUGUAUACAAGGGUUUAUUUUGGUGCGUGUUUGUCUCGUGUUUACCCCGCGCGAUGACACCAUUCCACUUAUCUACACCCCUGCGCGCUUUACUAAAGUCGUAUCCACUCCGGGCUGUGUGCAAAACGGUUCAGGCGUUCAGGGUAUGGGAGUUUAGACACAUUUCUCCAUGCACGUCAAUCGCAGGGUACAUUAGCAUGGAGGAGAUCCUCAGAAAGACAGUGGUCCCAUUGCCCACCUAUGAGAUGAGAGACAAAUCUCCACCACCACCUGAAUCCAACAGUUUGGAGUUCAUGCAGUUUUACAAGAGUCUAGAAAAAGAGCAGAAGCUAGAGUUUCUGGAAAAACUGUCGCAUGAUUUCGGAGUAGAUCACAGAGGGGUUUCGGAUCUGGCUCUGAAGCUGCUGGACACUCAGGUGCGAGACGUGGCCACCAUCCUGCAGGUGGAGGAAAGGUUAAGGUACAGUUUGACACCCCGGUACCGACAGCUGCUCACGCACAUUAGCAGGGUUCAUGGCGGGGUGAAGUUUCUGGUGGACCUCCGGGCAGAUCUCAUCAACUUUGCCUCCACCAUAAUUAGUGACAGCUCACACUUGAGGGAUCUGAGCAGCACUCUGAAGAGUCUACUGUCAGAAUGGUUCUCAGUUGGAUUGCUCCAGCUGGAAAGGAUCACUUGGCAGUCCCCAUGUGAGAUCCUUCAGAAGAUCAGCCAGUAUGAGGCGGUGCACCCUGUGCGGAACUGGACAGACAUCAAACGCAGAGUCGGGCCAUACAGGAGAUGCUACGCUUUCAUCCAUGCCUCCAUGCCUGGAGAACCACUGGUGGUGCUGCAUGUCGCACUCACUGAGGACAUAGCAAACAAUAUCCAGAGCAUUGUGAGAGAGUUUGGCACUCUAGAUGCCAAUGAAGAUGUGAACAAGAUCAAUGCGGCCAUCUUCUAUUCCAUUUCUUCCACUCAGGCGGGGCUGCAGGGGGUGGAGCUUGGCAAUUACCUCAUCAAGAGGGUGGUCCGAGAGCUACAGAGUGAGUUUCCCCAUAUGGCCCAGUUCUCCAGUCUGUCUCCUAUCCCCGGGUUCUCCUUAUGGCUUCAGGGAGUUCUGGCCCAGCACAAGAAGGAGGGCCGUGCCAAAGAGCUCCUCUCUGAGCAGGAGUGGAGGGAUGUGGAGGAAGUGACGGGAGCUGCCCCUGGGGCUCCAGCUAUAGAGGCCCUCCGCAGACUCAUCAGCACCAGCGAGUGGAUUCGCUCUGAUCGCCUGGUGCGUGCUCUCGAGCCCGUCCUUAUGCGGCUCUGUUCCUGGUACCUGUACGGAGAAAAGCGACGGGGCUACGCCUUAAACCCUGUAGCCAACUUCCACCUUCAGAAUGGUGCCACCAUGUGGAGACUGAACUGGCAAGCAGACACCAGCCUGAGAGGGAUUGCCAACUCCUGUGGCAUUAUGGUUAAUUACAGAUACUUCCUGCAAGAGACGAGUGCUAAUAGCACUGCCUACCUGCAGAACAAAGUCAUCAAAGCUUCGGAGCAGGUGAUGGGCCUGGUGUCGCAGUUUCAAAAGAACAGCAAACUCUGAGAACUCUAGCCCUGAAAUCCACAAAUAUUUUUGAAAGCACUGAACUAAGAGGACAAAGGGAAUCUGGGUGAAAGUGGGCUAAUACACAUGCUUCGAAUCAGCCUUAUACAGAUGCCUUGGCCUUCAUGACCGAGACCAGUGUAUCAAUACACUGUCACGGCUUCAUUUAGAAUAUAAAUGGACCGUUCUAUUCUGCCAUUCUGAAAGACAAUACUCACAAAGUUCAAUAUUGAUCUGGUUAAUUUUAAUUAUGCAGCAUGCCGCUUUUUGCAUAAAAUCACCAGAGAUUUUGUGGUCAAAUGUAAUCUGGGCAUAUUUUUUGUGAGAUUCAACCCCAUAGAGUAUCAGCAGCACUUCAGCAUGCCUCGGUUUGAUUAGCUGGUUGCUAGUUUUGUUGUGGAUUUACAUUACACUGUGAAAGACUGAAGGUAAUUAAGCGAGAAGAAUCUAUCAGACACUGUCAUGUCUUUGCCUUCUCAGCAUAUGUACUGAAUAUUAGAGUGCAUGUCUGAGUGAGUGAGUGGAAGCUUCUGUAAUAAAUAAUGUUUUGAUUCCUUUAUUAGUGUGAUCUGAUUCGCUGUGAAACGGUUGUGUCUGCGCAAAUGAGUCUCAGUGUGCACAAAUGUUCAGGAUGUGCCAGCCAAAGAUAAUUAUUUAUAUUUAUUGGGGUGACUUUUGGAAUUAAAAUUCUGAUUACCUUCCCAAAAUUAUUCUUUCUUUUUGUUUCAACUGUAAACAUCUCCAGGGAACCUACAGCAAAGUCUUUUUAGCAAGUCAGUUCACUCGGCGGCCGUCUUUGAAACGCUCAUGCCAGUGCAGCUCCUAUCUACUUGAAUAGGGAAAGAAAAAAAUCUCCAAAACCAUUGGUCAAGAUUACAAUCAAAGAAUAUAUUUUAAAUCAGCAGUAAAUUCUUACUACACUGGUAUCAUAAAUUGUGCUUCUUUACCUCAGAUUAUGCAAAAAAAUGCACAUUUCUAAUAGCUAAUGCGCAUGCUUGUUCUCGAGUUGAUUGACAGGCGAUGCCUGUAUCUAAAAGGUGAUUGGCACUUUUGUCUGAAGGACUUCCUUUCUACAUCCAUUGGCCAUUGGUGACAGUUGGACGUUCAAAUUUCUACCGUUCAUUUUAAUAGAAGUGACCCAUCUCUGCUAAAUAGUCUGCCUACAGUCAGGAAAAAAAUAGAAAUUUCAGUCAUUGAUUUUUAGUAAAAUAUGUUAACAUUUCUAUAGUCAAUAUAAUUAGUUGUAGACAUGCUAUGCUUUAAAAAUAUUUGACUGGGUAGAUUUUGCUCUUGUGUUGUGCAAAACUUGCAUGCAAGCUGAUGUCUGAUUUGUGAGCAAAUUGAGUUGGUUCUUUUUAAUGUUGAAAUGUAUAUAAAUUAUAGUCUAAAUGAUUCAUUAGCGAAUUGAUCCAAAAUGCGCUAAAUUUUUAAUUCGAUAUUAUAUUAUAUUUGUGUAUGUGUGUGUGUGUGUGUGUGUGUGUGUGUGUGUGUGUGUGUAUAUAUAUAUAUAUAUAUAUAUAUACAUGCUCACAC